AUACACACGCACGCGGAGCAGUCAGAACUGGUGUGAGGCAGUCCAGAGUGCCCUGCACAGCCUGCAGUCUGCAGAUCCGUUUUUGAGCUGUCUCCAUUCUUCAAAUAGAGGUCUAAGCUCGCCCACAAGUACUCUCGGCGUCACGGAUACAACAUGCUAAGUGGGGGACUAGGCGGUGGAUUGUUUGGACAAACGCAGACCCCCGGAACAGGGGGCCUGGGGGGGAUUCUGGGAGGAGGGGGACUCGGUACGGGGGGCACUGGAACCUCGGGGGGGCUCUUUGGAGCCAAGCCAGGCGGAGGACUCUUCGGGAGCAACCCUGCUGGAGGGGGUCUGGGGGGUGGGGGUCUUUUCGGACAGACCCCUGUCUCGUCUGCAGGGGGAGGCCUCUUUGGGCAGGGAGGUGGGAUCCUGGGGGGCACUGGGCAAGCAGGAGGGGGCCUAUUUCAGACCCCUCAGUCAAAUCUUGGAGCUAGACCAGGUGGGUUUGGAGGUGGGGGGUUGUUUGGGCAGACCCCUGGGCUGGGAGCAGGAGUGAGUGUCACGGGGGCCGGCGGGGGGCUUUUCAAUCAGUCGACCCCCUCUCAGUUACAGACCUCUGCCGGGGGGCUGGGUGGAGGUGGCGGACUAUUUGGCGGAGGAGGUAUUGGAGGAUUGGGAGGAGGUCUGGGACUUGCAGGAGCAACUUCUGGUACCACCGUCAAGUUUGAGCCAGCCAAAGGCACUGACACAGUGAUAAAGAACGGACUCACUCAGAACGUCAACACUCUCCUCCAGUGUAUCACCGCCAUGAAACCGUACGAAGGCAAGAGUAUGGAGGAGCUAAGAAUGGAGGACUACUCGGCAGGAAGAAAGGGACCCAGUGGACUGGGGGGACUAGGAGGAGGAGGAGGAGGAGGAGGGGGGUUGUUUGGACGUCAGCAGGUGCCGCAACCGACUGCGUCUGGUGGGCUGUUCGGAGCCAAGCCACUCGGGGGAGGCCUAGUAGGUACGACAGGCACGGGACUGUUCAACCAACAGCCCCCUCAGACUGGACUGGGGGCCAUGGGGGGCGGGGGGUUCUUCGGGGGGCAGACGAAACUCGGAGGUGGCGGGGGGGUGUUUGGGGGUCAGAGUGCGGCGCCUUCCCUGGGGGGAGGAUUAUUUGGAAGUCAGGCGGUGUCAAGUGGGAGUUUGUUUGGCGGUGGGACUGGAGGAGGUCUGUUCUCUCAAUCUAACAUUGGAACUGGUCUUGGUGGAGCGCAGCUGGGAGCAGGAGGGGGAUUGUUCAACAAACCAACUGGACUUGUGACCGGCGGUCUCAGUACUGGUGGACUGGGAACCAACACUGGUCUUGGAGGAGGGUGGGGAGGACUGCAGACCUCAACAGCAGGGCUUGGCGGUGGUCUAGGUCUUCUCAACAACCAGACGAAGCCGGGCGGUCUCGGCGGAGGGCUAGGCGGAGCCCUGGGCGGGGGCCUCGGUGGACUGGGUGGAGGAGGGUUCGGCACCGCCGGUCUGGGCGGGCUCGGGGGUCAGAACAGGCCGACACUCGGAGUGACUGGACUGGGAGGUAUGGGUCUCGGGACUGGGACUCUCGGCCUUGGAGGAGGUUUUGGUGGCGGUCAGCUCGGGCAGUUUGGCCAAACACAAGCGCAGACGCAGCUGCAGGCGCUGACAGCUCAGCAGCAGGAGAUUCAACUGAAACAGCAGUUGGAGCUGAUGGCCGCCUCUCCGUUUGGCGACUCGCCUCUCUUUCGCAGCGCCAUCUCUGACGCAGCUAAGAAGUCCAGUGCCGGCUCAUCACCAGCAGUGUCAAAGGCUUCGUCCAAAGUGACUCCACACUACAGACCCAGCCUGCGCCCGGCGACCAAGAUCCACACUUACUCCCACAGUCCGUCUCCCUCUCGCCUCAAGGGAAAGGCACGCCUGUUUCACGGUCUGGAUGAUUCUCGAACCGCCGGAGGAGGAGGAGGGGGUGCCCAAAGAGACGUUUGUUCCUCGAAAGAGCAUCAAAACUCUCAUCAUCCAGCCGAAACGUAGUCCACCCCCUCUCCCUGACUCCACAUCACCCCCUCACACCGAUCUCACUCCUCACACUCCCAUUGCCAUGGAAACUCCUCCUAUGAGCCACACCCACUCCCCGCCCCCUCGUUCGUCCAUCCUACCCUCCUCCUCCUCCUCACCUCCCGCGUUCUCAGUCUCCAAGACAGGGAGAGAUGAGAGCAUUGAGAGUCCUCAGUUGAGACUGGGAACCACCUCCAACCUCAUCGAGAAACCUAUUCCUAUCAGACCCACUGUCUCUCCCGGCCGAGGGAGAGAGGGAACACCAGACGUGACCACACCCCCUCGACCGACACAUACCAGUGACUCCACCCACACUCACUCCACGGAGACCACGCCCACAUCUGGGUUGACUCGGCAACCGCUUCACUCGAGGGACGUCAGCAGUACUGACGGCAACGACCUGGGGUUGGUUCUGACACGAAAUGGUUACUACACUCAGCCGGUUCUCUCUGAGCUGGAGACCACCAAGACGGUGGAGGGGAGGUGCGAGGUGGAGAAUUUCACCGUCGGCCGGAGAGGUUACGGGAAGGUCUGUUUCUUGGGAGUCACUGACGUGGUUGACCUGGACCUGGACUGCUUAGUUGUGAUAGGAGUGAAGGAGGUGAGUGUGUACCCUGACGACAGCUGCAAGCCUGAGGUGGGGCGCGGUCUCAACAAGCCGGCCAGAGUCACCCUCGAGCAAGCCUGGCCCAUCUGCAAGACCACUCGCCAACCAAUAACAGACCCGGAGCGCCUGGACAAGAUGGGCUACGAGGAGAAGCUGCGGCGAUCCACGGCAAAGAUUGGCGGGACUUUCAUUGAAUAUGACCGCCAGACUGGAACCUGUGUCUUUGAGGUGGAGCAUUUCUCCAAGUACAAACUGCAGACCGAUGAUUCAGAUGAGGAGGAAGGAGGGGAGGGAGAGGGGAGAGAGGGGCUACCCAAGAGAGUAAAGAUGGCUAAAGAAGGUCACCAGGCACGACAGACGAGUUCUAAAACCGGUCAAUCAAGUUUCAAAACCAGUCAGACUCGCCAGUUGGAUGAGGACGAAGCUAUGUCAGACGAGGAACAGUUCAGGGAUGCCGAAGAUGGCGUUGCACCAAUGGAACCACGCCCACCUGCCCCUCCCCCUUCUCACAGCAUGACAGCAGCUAUGGGGUUAAAUACUCACCACAUUCAGGUGAUGAAGGCCUCGUUUUUUGGAGCCAAUAAAAGAGGCAACCCAGGGGGUGUGGUCAGGGGUGGUUACCAUUGGCAACCAACUCAAGAUCAAAUUGGAGGACACGGCAACUGGUUGCUAUCAGGACGACAUCGUCAGUCCGAUACUAUUGCGACCGGAAUGGAACGAACACUCGGGGGAAUUGAAUUCCGUGACACUCCGUCUCCGAUCCCGUACCUACCCUCAGACACUCCCUCCCAUCAUUUCCGUGGCAACAAGGCUCAACCAACUCGUGCCACGCCCAUCCCUACCCCUUCUCAGAGUCUCCUGGACUUUGCCGGCGAAGAUUCACUCCAUCACUCCACAGUCCAGAACCUCUCUCGUUCCUCUUUCUUACAUUCCACCACUGCCGGCAGAUCCGCCCGUAGACCACGCCCACCUGCCCCACCUACCUAUGGGUUAAUCAAGGGUCAAGUAACACCUCGAGGUGACCUCAAUUCUCUCGUUCCAAUGUCUGAUAGUUUGGUCUGUGGACGGACUCGUCUGGCAGCUGACGCUGGACUGUUUCUGGGGCGCUCGUUUCGCGUGGGGUGGGGCCCGAACUGGACCCUGUCUCAUUCCGGUUCCAGCAUCUCUGGAACCAGACAUGGGAAUGGGACUCACUCCCUCCAAGUGGUGGUAGAAAAAGUGUCCCCCACUCCAUUCAUGAUCAACGCUCCACCUCAAAGGAUAUCCCCAUUUUUCGAGCCAUACCUGGCCUCACAGUUGGAGCACAGCGACGUGAAGUUUGAUUCCGAUUCUUCCAUUCCCCGGUUCCACCCCAAGGAGGGGGCGUGUCUCCUCCAUGGUUUCGAUGCCCUCUCUCGGCACCUGCCUCCAAGUCGGGACGGCGACGGACUGGCCCAGAGGCAGAUGCAGCUGUUGUGGGGGCUGGCCAUGGCUCUGUGGGGGGAACUGGAGGGAGCCAGUGAGAACCCAGCUCUGGCAGACCAGACGUCUUACGUGCACCGCCUCGCGCGACGUAAGGCGGUGACUCGCUGGCUCAUGCAGGCAGCUGCUUCCACCGUGGAGAAAGAAGUUUCAGCCUCCGGGGACACAGACUCGGAGUACCUCGGAGCCCUCCUGAGUCUGGUGUCUGGACGGCAGAUUGCGGGGGCGUGUCACCUGGCCCACAGACACGGUGACCACAAGUUGGCUCUGUUGCUAGGCCAGAUCACUGGUGGCAAACCAAACUUCAGACGACUCGCCUACGAACAGCUGGACCUGUGGAGAAGACUAGGGGUACAGGAGCACAUCUCCUGCCCCAGACUCUGUCUCUAUGCUCUCCUGGCAGGUCUCAUGGUGUGGGACAGAGACGAAGAGGGGGAGGGAGGGGAGGGAGUGAAUGUCUGCCGUGGCCUCGACUGGAAGAGGGUGUUUGGCCUCCAUCUCUGGUACAGCUGCUCUCCCACUGCCAGAGUCGCUGAGGCUGUCGCUCAGUUCACCAGAGCCUUCUCUGAUGAGGGUUGCUACACUCUCCCUCCUGUACCGGCAUACAUGGAAAUGAAGGGGGCGGGGUUUGUCCCACCCACUUUUGGUAACUACGACGACUUGACGCUGGACUCGUGUUUCCACCUCCUCCGGUUGUACUGUGCCAGAGACCACAGUCUGGAACGGAGUCUGGACCCAGCCACCUCCGUUCCAUUCCACCUCGACUACAGAAUCAGCUGGCACCUGUGGAGUGUUCUCCAUUCUCUCUACUACACCCACCUCCACGCGUCGUCUCUCUCCCUCCUCCACCUCAGCUUCUCGUCGCAGCUGGAGUCAGUGGGUCUGUGGCACUGGGCCGUGUUCGUCCUCCUCCAUCUCCCUCUCCCUGCUGCCAGGGAGGAGUCUGUCAGAGCCGUCAUGAUGAGAGGGUGUUCUGCCAGUGAAGAGAUGACUGAUGAAGAGGAGUUUCUGGUGGAAAGUUUGCAGAUCCCUGAAACAUGGGUCUACAGUGCAAAGGCUGCGAGGGCAGGCUAUGACGGUAACCAUCGGCAACAGGCUCUGCAUCUCCUGCAGGCUGAAGAGUGGAACCACGCCCACUCUGUUAUCAUCGACCAUCUCGCUGCUGAUGACAUCAUCAGUGGUGACACAAGUUCUCUUCAAAACAUGCUGGCAACUCUCUCUGAUCCAAGUCACUCCUCCAACAUACCAAACUGGGACCACACUGGCUCGGGUUACCUCGACUUCCUCCGCAUUUCAUCUCGACUUGAGAAGAUGGCCCAGGAGUCAGAGGAGGUGGACAGUUAUGAGCUGGAGGACCUGUAUGCUGGGCUGACUCAGCUGGCUCAGAGAGUUCGCCACCUCCCUGCUCGCAGCCCCAGAGAAACACUUUGUCAGGUGGAGAUUGCCAGACGUACUGCGGCCUACACAAAGGUGGUCUGCGAACUGAGAAUGAAUCUGAUUGGUGGAGACGACAUGACAGACCCGCCCAACCCCUCCCGGGAGAUCGGCCACACCCUCCUUCCCCUCCCACUUCCGUCAGACGCGGUACUGGCUGAAUUUCGCCAGUUGAUCCAACCGCACAUUACUGAGCUACUUGUCUAGCCCUUCCCUCUGAAAUUGACUGUGAAUAAACUCGUUCUGCAUUGCAAUAAUAUUGACCAAAGAGCAUUAUUUAAUGUAUGACUGUGCAAAAAGUAACAUUUUUAUUUGGCUGUGAAACGUAACUACUAACCAAUUACGUUAUGGCUUAUGUAUAAUAUUAUACAGGAAACUUGAACCACUUUGUCGGUAAAUAUGAAACAAUAUGUGGUGCUAUAAUUAUUCAGUUUCAGUGUCGAUGGUGACGAGGAGCGACAACAGCUGAGGAUACUCCCGAGGCUCCGUGGCCGUGUUCUCGUGGUGACCUGCGUCGACGAUCGCGCGAACUGCUCCCACUUUCCGAGAUGUUCCUCAGCACCAGCUCCCGCUGUACCUCCUUCCUCCUCCGCUCCAACUGGUGGACGUUGCGAAUGAGCUUGUCGCGGAGUACGCCCUCUUCUGCGACUCUCUCUCUCCGCCUUUGCUCGGCCUCCUCUCUCUGCUCUCUCUCCUGUCUUGCCCUCUUCUCUGCCUCCUCCUGUUGGUACCUAGUGCCAGGAGGGGUCAAUGAGACUUUGGUACUCUGUGGCAGACGGUGGCUCAGUUUGGUACGGUUUCGGCAAGAACUCACUUUUCUUCAGCAGCUCCUGCGAGUAUGGUCCUCAGAAGUCUCUGGGCUUCACCUCUUCGCUGGACGGCGACAUUCUUUAACUCUGUCACCACUGCCACCCUUUGCUUCCUCUUUUUCCUCCGUCUCUCCUCUCUCUCUGCACGCCGCUUUGCUGCCUCUUCUUCUCCUCCUCCAAGCGUCGUUUCUCCUCCAUCUCCUCCCUUCUCCUCUCUUCCGCCCUCCGUCUCUUCCGAACGUUCCUCUCGCUCAGGAACGCCGUCUUGUCGAAAUCCACAGCUAUCCUCACCACGGCCUCCUUACCUCCCUCCUCCAGUCGCAGAAGUGACAUCCCCUUCAAAGCACCCAUAGCAUUAUUAAAACCAGCAUACUUUUCAUACUGGAUAUACGCCUCGAAAUAAAACUGUCGGGAACCGGGCCCAAAUGAAGAGAAUUUCUCCUCCUUUCGUCCGAGAGCCGCCGCGGCCGUGGGGUCGUAAAUCCCGACCUGCGACACGGUGCCGAACUUCUGGAAGGCCUGGACGAGGACCUUGUGACACGGACGCCCACUGGAGGUUCUGCUGGUGAACCAUUUGACAGGGAGACCGCUUAUUUUGAGCGUGUCCGCCCGCUCACCUGGCCGGCCGUCGUCGAAGGAAGAGACGCCUCUGGACUGGAAGUGCUCCUCCCACUCGGCCUUGGUCGGCUGCGGCGAGGCGACCUGCUUCGCCUUCAGCUUCAGGAGCUCGGAGAACCCGCUCAGCUUCAUGCUCUUGCCGUGGAGGAGAAGGACGAUCUUGCGGACGUUGCGCACGGAGUCCAGCUCCCCCUCGAACUGGAUCAGCUCCCGCGAGUAGUUCGAGACGCGGAGGCUGAUGAACUCGACUGGCAUGGAGAGGGCCUUGAUUUUCUCCAUCACUUCCCAGUUGGAGAUGGAUUUUCCCGAGUCCUUGAUCUCCGGGAGCUUUACUUCUAUCCACACGCGAGCCUCUGGCUUCAGAAACAGCCCGGCAGGCAGGUAGAACGCCAGGGGAACGUCGUCGGCCAUUGUUAG